AUGCUACAAGAAACUGGAUAUAAAAAGUUCAAAGGACUACCGAUCGUUCUAGAAGGAAGAUAUCAACUUGAACAUCGUUGCACACUAUAUGGCAAUGUAAUAAAAAAACAAAGGAAAGGAAGUACACUUCAUUCAAUGGCCGUAAUGGAUUUUCUCAUAGAGCAGCGAUCGCAUAGUCUAAGUGCCAGUCCCACCGGAACAGAAAAUAACUCCAAUCCAUUUUCAGGACCACGUUUUGACACACAAUGCAUAGGUCGAUUGGAGAAUGGAUUUCCAUGGACACUUGAAAGGCAUUAUAUUCACUCACAUGUGAAUGAAACGCACAAAAUGGAGGUGAUUAAUAUGUUUAAAGAAAUUAAACUCACCACAAUUGAGUCAAUUUUACAAAUCAACUGGUUAAAUAUCGAUGAAAAGAAAUUUUUAGCAGACAAGGUUUUCACACUGGACAUAUUUGCCUUGUACUCGGAUCGGGAUAGUUCUGAAACAAAAGAAAAUCUUUCAACUAUAUAUGAU